AUGAAUCAGUUUCGGUCGUUGGUGCGUAACAAAGCGCCAAACAUUCGUAUCCAAGAUCAAAUGCAAGACCAAGUGCGAACAUUGGAUAGGAAUUUCACGAGGAAUCAGUUCAAUGGGACUGCACAGAUGAACGCUGUGCCGAACAUGUACGGCACGUAUAAUCGAGCACAGUCCAGGCAGGACAAUAAGACAACGGUGGCAACGUUGAGCCAAGUGCAAGGUAGCGAUCCCAAUUUGUACGCCGUGACCGAACUCUAAUCGAAACCGCGAAAUCGAGUCGUGUAAACUGCACACUGCCAUCUUACCAACAAACUCGAUGAUGUUUCUAUGGUUAACCAUUUACGAUCGUAGCACGCCUCGUACGGGGACGGAAUGAGU